GCGUGAGUGCAACCGUGGAAGCUGUUUACGACGUGCGUAUAAUUUUGUGCAAUGGAGAUUACGAAGCCGAUAGCGUUGCCCAGUGGAUGUGCGUUACUGAAGAUUCGAAUCUGGUUCUAUACAUUAGCUUGGGUGCAUCUUGUGUUCACAGCUAUCGUGUCACUUUCAGUGGACAUGUCAGAAGACAAAGAUCCCAGAGUCAGCGCGUAUAUUAAUAUUAGAUGGAAACUAAUAACUUGCUGGUUCAAUAUGAUAGCACUAGCGUACUUCCCCAUCUGCCUGUACUGUGACUGGAAAGAGCGGCGCGGCAUGUGGCAUGUCCAGCGCGUGGCUUCGAUCCGCCAGCUGAAAGACUACGUCAUGACCAGCAUACUGUUCCCAACAACAAUGUUCGCUGAUCUUAUGUUCUGGCGCAUUUGGCACAAGGACCUGAGCCUGAUAGCCCCGCCCAGGAUAUUCACGUACUUGCCUUACUGGGCACAACAUUCCCUGCAUACAGUCUCCAUGCUCAUCAUGCUUCUGGAUCUGCUCCUCGUGCCGAGACGUAGACCGAACAAUCUCACACCUGGGAUUUGCCUUAUGAUGGCAUUUAUGCUAACAUACAUGGCGAUGUGUGGCAUCAGUUUUCUCAACGGUGAAGUUGUUUACUCGGUGUUCCAAAUUUUUGACUCAUUCAAAUUGUUACUGUUAGCGCUGAUGGUAAUAUUGGAAUGUCUGUUCUUCUAUUUGGUGCAGUGGUGUAUAGUUGACUUAGUGUGGAGUCCACAAAGCAAAAAUGAAAAGAAACUAAAAGCUCAGUGAAUACAUUUACUCUGGCGCAGCGACCCAAAGUAGGUCUUGUGUGACAGCAGACCACCUAAA